AUGAACAGUUUCGUGAAUGAUAUCUUCGAACGUAUCGCUGCUGAAGCGAGCAGACUGGCUCACUACAAUAAACGUUCUACGAUUACCAGCAGGGAAAUUCAGACUGCGGUACGGCUUCUCUUACCUGGCGAGCUGGCUAAGCACGCAGUCAGCGAAGGUACCAAAGCAGUCACCAAGUACACUAGUUCAAAAUGAGGUGGAACACCACAUACGUUCUAACCCAAUAGGUUCUUUUCAGAACCACUAA